GCGCGUUUUACAAUCGAGUUUUAACUAACGAAUAGCCGCCUUUUUCACUUUCAGUUCAUCGUCUCCCAAUCUCAAUCCAAGCUAUCUUAUGGGAGUGGCCUCUCUUGCGGUCAUAAUCGUCAAUGUAGCUUUGGCUUCUCAUUCAACACAAUCUUUAUCCUCGCAUACCUUCACCGUCCCCGCCAACACGUCGCAGCUGGCCUGCCUGCUCCUCCGGCUUGACAGAAGUGACGCUCGUUCCUCUUACGCACUGUUCAUUCCAUUCGUACUCCAUGGUCUGAGCUCGACCACAAUCAACACCUUCUACACAAAGUCAUUGUCCAAGUUCUGGCCGCCAUGGCCUCCGAGGUCCCUCCACUGCGGAUACAGAAAGGCAGCAAUGGCAUCUCGCCAUCAAAGCUGCCCCGAGUAACCAAUCGACCCUUGUCCGAACUUAGUCCCAUGGCAUUGCGUCGCAACUCUCCAAGUUUUCCGCAAGCCAAGGGCAAGUUGUUUGGCAACACCAACGAAAGCUCUCCCGCCGAGUCCUCUCCUCAGUCAACGGUAUCGCCACGUCUUUUCUGGCAGGGACGGGAUCCCAAUUCUCCUGCCAGAGAAUCUCCCUUUGCAUGCGACAGUCCUCCUCCAACAUCGCCGAAGAAGCGAUCGUCAAUUGAGAAUCUGAAAAAGGCCUCCCGGGUCAAGAACAGCAGCAUGUUCGCCAUUGAACAUAACAACUACUACGAUCCUGCUCGUCCUGCGAUCCUUGAUGGACGUCCUCAAAGCAUUCAAUUCCCACGCCAACAAUCGCCUCUACGUGGUUCUGACGCAGUUCGGAAGGAAAACGUUCCAGCAAACGGUUCACCAGCGAAGAACGCAUUCGAGGAACCCGACACUACAACGACUCUCGUCGCACCUCUGUCGCCAAGCAGAUUCAACAGCCCUCCUACAAAAUCGUCGCUCUCAAAGAAGACUGGAGCAGCAUUUAGACGAAGUGGAUUCGACCCCGACAAAGGAAUUUGGGAGGAUGACGAUGAUGUUCAGAGUAAACAACAACUUCCAGCUGGCCGCGGUUUGCAUCGUCACCAGAAGAGCGUAACAUUCGACCAGAAGCCACCACAAGUAAAUGAGUACGAAAUGACCACACCAGCCCCGUCAUCAUGCGCAUCUGGCUCUCGAGAGGGCAGCUAUGAGUCACGUGAAGAUGGCGGCGACGAGGAUGAGAGUUUCGAAAGAGGUUCGUCGAUGGAUCAAGAUGACAGCUUUGAUGCGUCACUCGAGGACGCAGACAAGACACCUGUCGUUUUGCCCGAUGACUGGCGUUUCAUGAGCCCCGAAAAGGCAAACACAGAGCUGGCUCGUCAUGAAGAGGAUGUUUUCGACGACGACUGCGGAAGCCCAGCUCCAACAGCUCAGCCAGGCGGCUUAGCUUCUCGACCAAUUCAGACGAGUGCAAGCUCGGUCGACUCUAACGGCCACCCGCGUCCUCUACCACCGCUGCCUCCAACUGGGGCUCGAGCACAGCCAAAAUCUGAGCCUCCUUCUGGCGCACUCGAACGCCUGAGCAUCUCUGCACGAUCUCUUCCAACACUUCCUGCAGCGGCCGCAAUUUCAAAGUCGGAUAUUCAAAGAAUGAGCACUUCAGGACUGUCUGUUGAAGAUCGCUUGAGAUUGAUGGCUCUUCAAGAACAAGACCGGGAACGUCGUAUGCGAAGAAUGGGUUCCAAGGAGUCAAGCCCAGUUCGUGGUGGCAGUGCAGAAGGAAGCAUUAAUGGGUAUGGCGAGCCUGGACCAGCAGUGUCAGAAUCGCGGAAUGCCACCCCACAGCUUUCGAGGGCUUCCGUUCUCCUAGGCCUCCGCGGCAGGUCAGACCAAGACAGCCGAGAAAGCAGUGAAGACUCUGUGGAAGCACCUCGAGCGCGAGAUGUUCGUUCAUUUGACCCAGACGUCCCGAUCCCCUCGAUGGAAGACCCAACUCAGCCCCAAGUCAAGGAGGAAGACCUCGAAGAGCCAGACUUGUACUCCAUCCCUGACAUGUACGCUCGCCGAGACAUCUCGGGGUCGGAGGCAAGCACCAAUCAGGAUGAUGACCUUACUAGCCAAUAUUCACAGGCAUCCCUACUCUAUCACGCAGUUUUGGCUCCACCAACUCCAUUGAAUGAAGAUGGGCAAGAUACACCAAAAGCGCAGAGUCCAGUCCGAGCGACAGAUCCGACAUCUGUCACAUCUGGUCGUGUGUCUCUACCCGAGUUCACUGACUUCGGAAACACUGCUAGUUUCGACAUGAGCCUCGCGUCAUAUUUGUCGGCCAGCGACGAGAAAGCAAGCCCGCCAGCAGCUCUUACAGACCUGGCAGCAUUGCGCCAGUCGAUUCAGCGUUCGUACACCCCAGAAGUACAUCAAAGACAGCAUCAGCAAGCUGCAACUGCUGUAUUGGAGGAAACGGCCCAAGCAAGCCCAGAGUCUGUCCUCAGAUAUGGCACAGCAGCUGCAGUUAUUCCACUCAAUGAUGGUUCUGAUAUGUCAGAUGCCAAGUCUUAUUCGCAGGACGGCAGUGACAGAUCAGUAUCUCCUCCCUCCGACCACGGUUCCGUUUUGAACCAUGGCAAGGAGGCUUCCCCCGAGUCGGUUGUCUCCGCUAUGUCUGACCACAAGCUUGAAAAUGGAAAGAUCGAUAACGUACAGGAAACCGGAACCGACGACGAACACAAGGCACCUCAGAAGAAUCGAGUCAGCAGUUUGGUUCAACUGGAGAUCCCCUAUGAGCGACUGGACGAAGGUCUCGGCUUGGGACUUGAACAGGAAUUUGACCGAGUGGUGGAGGCCCAAAAGAGAGGAUAUCUUAUGCGACAGAAUACCAAGAUUGUCGUCGCCAGCGAACGCAUUUCCCAGGAUGAGAUGCAAUCUCCUGAGCUCCCUAAACCGUACGACGAGACUUUUAAUCCACCAUCGCCAGAUGCAAAUCAUGUUCAACCCUCUCCGAGGAAGACCAGUCAGCCAACAUGGACUGCAGAACCCUGGAAUGGUAAGAUGAGGAGAAAGAGUAUUCGAGUUGGCGGUGAGAAAGCUGUGAGCAAGAGGAAGGCGCUUGACGGUCCUGUUCCACCUUUACCAGGUCAAGCAAGCAACGCCCAAGAACUUGACGCCGUAGCUGAGGAUGAGAAUGCCGAGGACGAAGAGUGGGAAGAUGGUGCUGAACGUGGGCGAUUGUUCGUCAAAGUUGUUGGUGUCAAAGAUCUUCAAAUGCCAUUCCCUCAACAUGAGCGCACAUUCUUUGCUCUUACUCUUGACAAUGGACUGCAUUGCGUCACAACCGCAUGGCUGGACCUUGCUCGUAGCGCACCCAUUGGGCAGGAGUUUGAGCUGGUUGUUCUGAAUGAGCUUGAAUUUCAGCUUACGCUCCAGAUGAAGCUGGAAGAACCCAAAUUCGAACGUCCUCAGUCACCCAGCAAGCCACCAACAUCCCCCAAGAAGCAAGGCGCAUUCGGCAGGUUAUUCGGUUCUCCUAAGAAGAAGAAGGAAUCGGAGCUACGGGCAAUCCAGGAGUCUCAAGCCAUCCGCAGACCUGUCACGCCUCCUUCGGCAUACGAACUGGUCCAAGGACUUGUUGCAAAGGACGGUUCGUUCGCUCGCGCCUAUGUUUCAUUAGCCGAACAUGAAAAGCAAGCAUACGGCAGACCAUACACAGUCGACAUCACCUGCUUCAAUGAGUGGGCCAUGGAAGAAGUUCAUAUUGGCAGCUCGCGGAGCAAGAAGGGAGUCACCCAGCUUCAACGCCGACCGCCGUACGAGAUUGGUAAAUUGGAAUUGCAGCUGCUGUAUAUUCCCAAGCCUAAAGGCUCCAAAGAUGAAGACAUGCCGAAAAGCAUGAAUGGGGCUAUCCGUGCGCUCCGUGAAGCCGAUGAACGAAUGCAACAGCAUGUCGACAUCAAGAAUUUUGAGGGAUACCUGAGUCAACAAGGUGGCGACUGUCCAGUAAGCAAAAUUUGAAGCCAUCUUUGACCAUUGCGAUACUGACAAGUUUACAGUACUGGCGGCGACGUUUUUUCAG